AUGUUUGAUCACGAUUUCGAUCCUAUUAAAUUAUCAGAUGUGUUUAAAGAUCCUUCAAAAUUAUCUAACUAUACUAAAAAGCACAAAAAAGAUAUAAUAUAAUGGUUUGGUUUCAUGAUGACAGUAAUAUUAGUAUUUAAAUUUUUUAGCAGCGGUGAUUUUUCUUUCUUAUUAACUUUAAGUUCUUUUGUAUAAGCAUUCGGUUUCUUACUUUUAGUAUACAAAGUGAUAUAAAGCAAAUCUAUAAAUGGUUUAUCAAGAAAUUCAUUAGUAUCCAUUUUAACUAAUGAUGGUUAUUUACCUUAUGAUUCUACUGGAGAUGUAAUUUAUAGAAUAAGUGAGACUGCUACUUUCAUUUUUUCUGUAAUACUUUUAUAUUUAAGUUAUGUUAAAUACAGUUUUUCAUAUAAUUGGGAUGUUGAUACAUUUUAAUGGUUUUUAUUUGCUAUUCCUACAUUUGUUUUGGCUAUUUUAUUCCAUCCUAAUUUAAAUUCUAAAUUUUAUGCUGAUGUCUGCUGGACUUUUGCCUUGUAUUUAGAAAGUGUAGCUAUGUUUCCUUAAUUGGAUGUUUUUAGAAAAAAAGGAGGAGAAAUUGAAAAUUAUACUUCACAUUUUGUCGCUUCAUUAUCUUUAUCGAGAAUUAUGUAGUUUAUCUUUUGGAUCUAAACUUACACUGAACUUAAUACUGAUAAAUAUACUACCUCAUUUGCUCCUAAUUAUGUUGGAUAUCUUGUUUUAGGUGUACAAAUUAUAUUUGAAGGCCAUUAAAAUUUAACUUUUUAUCAUUGA